UCUGGCUCCAGCAAACAGCUCCUCUGUGGUUCUUUUCUGUUGCAAAACCCCGGGGGAGGCUGGGUUGGAAGGGCAGCGCCGUCACCCACACGGCUUCGGAGGGGAGGGCUCUCUGCCAAGCCCUCUGGAGAUCGCCGGCCCACUCGCUUUCCUCGAGGAGGCACGCAGGGACUCGCUUUCGCAGCCUCGUCAGAGAAGCACCCCAAAUUAGACCCCUUUGGGUGGAUGCAUCCUCAACCGAAAAGAAGAAGGAGGUGGCCCUGAAGCCUCAUCUCUUGAGCAGCCUGGAGGGAUGCAGUGAGAUGGCAGACGAGGGAAUGACGGGACGUCUUUAUGGAAGGAGGCUGGAAUGGGUGGAAAUCAUCGAGCCUCGAACCCGGGAGCGCAUGUAUGCCAACCUCAUCACGGGGGAAUGCGUGUGGGACCCUCCCGCUGGGGUGCGGAUCAAACGGACGAAUGAAAACCAAUGGUGGGAGCUCUUUGACCCCAACACCUCCCGUUUCUACUACUACAAUGCCACCACACAGAGGACAGUGUGGCACCGGCCACAGAACUGCGAUAUCAUCCCUCUGGCCAAGCUGCAGACCCUGAAGCAGAACACGGAAUCACCGAGGGCUUCCACGGAAAACAGCCCUGGGAGGAGCAGCAAUGUCAGCAGGGAGGGCAGCACCAGCUCCUCCCUGGAGCAGGAGCUGGAGGGCAGUGAGAAGGUUCAGGAGCAGAGGACGAGCCGGCAGUCAUCCCAGUAUGCCGUCGUGAAGGAAGAAACGGAAAGUUCGUCGCCUUCUGGAGUCUUUGAGAAAGAAUAUGACAUUUAUCGGGAUUACAGUGCGGAAGGUCAACUCCUCCACUACAGGACAUCAUCCCUACGAUGGAAUGCCGGCACCAAGGAACGGAUGCUGAUCAAGGUGACCGACCGCGAGCCAAGCUUCCUCAUGCACCAAGGCAACGGCUACACCCAUGAAAACCAACCAGGCACCCGCUCACGGCGACCUUCAGGAGGCCAACAGUCGCCCAACCUACAGACCUUCUCCUCCGAUGCCGACAACUCUGUUUUCUUCCCGGAGAGGAAGCAAUCACCCUUCUUGAAGAGAGCCGAGCACGUGGGCAGCUGCUCACCACUGCUUGGCCGGGGUGACUCCUUCUGCUCCCCUCUCCAAGCCCAACACCGCAAGCACUCCAGCGAGUCCCAACCCUCCUCGCCCCGCUACGCCUACGAGCCGCCCCUCUACGAGGAACCUCCCAUGGAAUACCAAGCUCCCAUCUACGAUGAACCCCCCGUGGACAUGCAGUACGAAGCCAGCGGGAGCUACAAAGCUGGCUCGCCGCAGAAGUCACCCAUCCGUAAACCUCACCCCUUCCUCCAGUCGCCCAAGCAAGGUUCUAACUCGCCCUACCAGCAGUUGGUCCUCACCAAGCAGAAGUGUCCUGACCGGUUCAUGAGCUUGGAAUACAGCCCCGCUGGCAAGGAAUACGUCAGGCAACUGGUCUACGUCGAGCAAUCCGGCUCCAGCCCCAAGAUGAAGACAGGGUUGAGGCACAAAUAUUCCCCCAAUCCCAUCGGUGGUUCCUACUCGCUGCAGCACAGCCCUUGCCUGGUCCGGGACCAACGCUUGGAGAUCAAAUCAGGUGACUACAGCAGCAUGGAGGGCCCCGAAUUCUGUCCUGGGUCAACAGGUGGCCAAGUGGCCCAGGGGGAGGACUCCAUGUCAUGGUCCAGCCAACAGGACACCUUGUCCUCCACCGGUUACUCACCCUCCACCAGAAAGAGGAAAAGCCGAAAGCCUUCCGUGUCCCAUGACCCCAACACCUCUUCCACGGAUGGCUCAGGGGACCGGGAGGUGCUGAGCGAGCAGAUGUUGGGUGAGGAACGAGCCACUCCAGGUCCCAACAGGUCCCCAAUGAACCGUACGGAGAGCAAAGCGGCAGAAGCGGAGGUGGCACGGGGCUUCCCCGAGCCCUUCUUGGCCCAAGCACGCUUGGCUUGGGAAGCCCAACAAGCCCAUUAUCACAUGAAGCAACGGAGCAGUUGGGAUUCCCAAAAGGACGGUUCAGGCUACGAGAGCGAUGGUGCCCUCCCUUUACCCAUGCCGGGUCCGGUGGUGCGAGCCUUCAGCGAGGACGAGGCGUUGGCGCAGCAGGAGAACAAGCACUGGAAGAGGAACACCUUCGAGAAGCUGGGCUUCCCUCAGAUCCUGCUGGAGAAAAGUGUCUCCGUUCAAACCAACCUGGCCUCCCCCGAGCCCUACCUGCAUCCAUCUCAGUCAGAGGACCUCGGUGCCUGCGCCCAGUUCGAGAACAGCCGACAAACCAGGAACAUGAUGCCUAGCGCCAGCUGUGUCUUCCCCACCUUCAACCUACGGAAGCCCUCCUCGGAGACGGACAUUGAGAACUGGGCCUCCAAGCACUUCAACAAGCACACCCAAGGGCUCUUCCGCAGGAAGGUGUCCAUCGCCAACAUGCUGGCCUGGAGCAGCGAGUCCAUCAAGAAACCCAUGAUCAUGACCAACGACCGCAACGUCAAGAAGGAAGCGUGUGAGAUAUUUAAACUGAUUCAGAUGUAUAUGGGGGACCGGCGGGCCAAGACGGACCAACUCAACGUGGCCUUGGAGAUCGCCACCAAAGGUUGGAGCAUGCAGGGUCUAAGAGACGAGCUCUACAUCCAGCUGUGCCGGCAGACCACCGAGAACUUCCGUUACGAGAGUCUGGCCCGAGGCUGGGAGCUCAUGGCCAUUUGUUUGGCCUUCUUCCCACCCACUCCCAAAUUCCAUUCCUAUCUUGAAGGAUACAUCUACAGGCACAUGGAUCCGGUGAAUGACACUAAAGUGACUCAGCACCUCUCCGAGCUCCUGGCCAGGACCCACAAGAAGAAACCCAAACUGAGAAAGAAGCCCAAGCCCCCGGUGGAGGAGCGCCAGGGUAGGGGCUCCGCGCCGGCCUCGCUCGGCUCGCGGCGGGGGCGAACAACGCAUCGCAUCUCAAAGGGGGUGGCCAUAAGCACUUACGCCAAGUACUGCUACAACAAACUACAGAAGGCAGCGUUGACGGGCGCCAAGAAGGGCCUGAAGAAGCCAAACAUCGAGGAGAUUCGCCACGCCAAGAACGCCGUCUUCAACCCUUCCAUGUUCGGCAGCUCCCUGCAGGACAUCAUCAACAUGCAGAAGGAACGUUACCCCGACCGGCAGCUGCCCUGGGUGCAGACCCGCCUCUCCGAGGAGGUCCUGGCCCUCAACGGGGACCAGACCGAGGGCAUCUUCAGAGUUCCUGGUGACAUCGAUGAAGUCAAUGCCCUCAAGCUGCAGGUGGACCAGUGGAAGAUCCCCACGGGCUUGGAGGAUCCCCAUGUUCCUGCCUCCCUGCUGAAGCUCUGGUACCGGGAGUUGGAGGAACCGUUGAUCCCUCACGAAUUUUACGAGCAGUGCAUCACCCACUACGAGAACCCCGAGGCGGCCAUCGCUGUCGUCCACUCUUUGCCCAGGAUCAACAAAAUGGUGCUGUGCUACCUCAUCCGCUUCCUACAGGUGUUCGUGCAGCCGGCCAACGUGGCCAUCACCAAGAUGGACGUCAAUAACCUGGCCAUGGUGAUGGCUCCCAACUGCCUGCGCUGCCAAUCGGACGACCCGCGGAUCAUCUUCGAGAACACCCGCAAGGAGAUGUCCUUCAUCCGGGUGCUCAUCCAGCACCUCGACACCAGCUUCAUGGAGGGCGUCCUAUAGCAGCCGCCGU